AUGGAUCAUGUGGUCAUGUAUGACCACAAAACCCAACGCCCGAGAGGGUUCGGGUUCGUUACAUAUGAUUCGGAGGAUGCUGUGGACAGAGUGCUGCAGAGGUCAUUCCAUGAGCUCGAUGGUAAGAUGGUUGAGGUCAAAAUGGCCGUCCCAAAGGAGACCUCUCCCACUCCAAACCGGAACCUGAUGAGCAAGAUGACUACUUUUGUUAAUGAUUACACGCAAGGGUAUAACCUGAGUCCAAUCUUAGGCUAUGGAGCAAAACCUGAAGGUAGGUACAGUCCAGCAGCAGGCAACAGAGGCGGCAGCUUCUCUCCGUUUUGCCAUGGAUUCGGGAUUGAGCUGAAUUUUGAGGCAAACCAGAAUCAGAGUUACGUAAGUGGAUCCAAUGGAGGUUUUGGAAGACCUUUUAGCCCUGCUCCAGGAUAUAAUGCAAACCUGAGCAUGUACGGUGGCCAAGGGAAUGGUUUUGUCACUCGAAAUCAGCUAUGGGCGGAUAAUGCUAGUGCGGGAUACAUAUCAAACUCUGUGAUGACUGGACGGUUGAAUGGGAACUCUGGAGUAGGGAGCAUAGGAGACAAGUGGGGAACAGUUGGUGAAGGGCGUAGCUAUCACGGUUACAGCAACACAGAGUUGGGGUUUGGUUACGGUAGAAACAAUGGAAUGGGAAUAGAAUCUAGAGGAGGAGGAGGUGUUCAUAUGAGCGGUUUGGGUUGGGGAAUGUCUGGUGAAAGAGGGAUGCACGGUUUUGGAUACAUGAACAACACGGAGCAACUGAUGCUUGCUUAG